AUGAUGGAAUCGCGCCUUGGCACCAACCUUCGCUCGAAAGUGGAGCUUCAGCGUCGCUCGGCCGCAGAGGCGCAUUCUCACGUUGUGGAAGUGACUCGGCGGGCAGAGUCAGCUGAAUCUGAGCUUGCACGUGUUAAGGAUGAACUUGCAGCCAGUCAUCGCGAGAAGCAGGUUUGUAUAUUGAUGCGUGAAAGCCUACGUAUAUUUAUGCAUCUCUAUUCAUAUUAG